GUCAGCAGUCUCUGGUCAUUCCCUGCACUGUCUACAGUCUCUGGUCAUCCCCUGCACUGUCUGCAGUCUCUGGUCAUCCACUGCACUGUCUGCAGUCUCUGGUCAUCCCCUGCACUGUCUGCAGUCUCUGGUCAUUCCCCGCACUGUCUGCAGUCUCUGUCUCUGGUCAUUCCCCGCACUGUCUGCAGUCUCUGGUCAUUCCCCGCACUGUCUGCAGUCUCUGGUCAUUCCCCGCACUGUCCGCAGUCUCUGGUCAUUCCCCGCUCUGUCCGCAGUCUCUGGUCAUUCCCCGCUCUGUCUGCAGUCUCUGGUCAUCCCCCGCACUGUCUGCAGUCUCUGGUCAUUCCCCGCACUGUCUGCAGUCUCUGGUCAUUCCCCGCACUGUCUGCAGUCUCUGGUCAUUCCCCGCACUGUCCGCAGUCUCUGGUCAUUCCCCGCUCUGUCUGCAGUCUCUGGUCAUUCCCCGCUCUGUCUGCAGUCUCUGGUCAUCCCCUGCACAUUGUCCGCAGUCUCUGGUCAUCUCCUGCACUGUGUCCGCAGUCUCUGGUCAUCUCCUGCACUGUGUCCGCAGUCUCUGGUCAUCUCCUG